GGUACUGCAGGCGGAAGUGCUGCACCUGUUGAUGCCUCUUGUUUCGGCGAAACACCUUAAAACACCUGAAAGUGACUUCACUUGGAGGUUCUGGAGAGUCUGGAGGGCUGGGGCUGGUGUCCGGCAGAAACACGGAGCUCAUGGACAAACUGAAGAGGGUUCUGAGCGGGCAGGAUGACGGGAGCGCGGACGGGAGCGGCAUCCUGGAGAGAGCCAAUCAGGCGUCAACGCUGGCCUGGGGAACCAGGAUGAAGGGUUUCCUGGUCUGCUUCGUUCUGGGCGCCGUGUGUUCCGUCCUGGGUACCUGUCUGCUGUGGAUUCCAGGUGUUGGCCUUGCUGUGUUUGCUGUCCUCUACAGCGUGGGAAACAUCUGUGCUCUGGCCAGCACCAUGUUCCUGAUUGGACCGUGCCGGCAGCUGAGGACCAUGUGUGCUAAAGAGCGAGCGCUGGCCACCGCCAUCAUGCUGGUGUGUCUGGCGUUGACGCUCUGCGCUGCCUUCUGGUGGAAGAACAAUGGACUUGCUCUGCUCUUCUGUGUGCUGCAGUUUGUGGCCUUCACCUGGUACGGCCUCUCAUACAUCCCCUUCGCCAGAGAUGCCGUCAUGAAGUUAUUCUCUCUCUGCGUGUAGAGUCACACUCUGGCUGACCAACCAGGACGCAGCAUGUGAAGUGUUCAUCCAAUCAGCUCCUGGACUGUGACCUUGUUUUAUAAUUUUCUAUUUAUUUUUCCUUUAAAUUGAAGUGAACUGCUUCCAUCCAUCAGUAGAUCUGAGAGUUUAAAACCUGUAUCGUCACACGAUUCUUUGUUUGUCAGAAUUUUCACAAAGUCUUGAAAUGUUCAAAGUUAAUAAAGCAGAACGUUUUCUUUUUUAAGUUGCUUAAA